AUGAUGUACCCGAACCCAAGAAAAUUGCUUGAAUAUAAAGAAUUCAAAGCGAGAAAAGCUGCAGAAGUCAGAAAAUUAAAGAAUUGGGUGAAGGAAGAGAAAGAAAUCCAAGCCCGAGAAGAAAACGAAAAAAGAAAAGAUGCCCACUACAAAAUGCAAGAGUUAGAAGAUGCUUAUCUUCAGCACCUUCUUAAAAAACUGAAAAAGCCUAAAAAGCGAGUACAUGAUGAAGGUGUCCAGACCAUAAAUUUUGAUUCCAGAUUAAAACAUAAAUCGACGCAAUCUAUCUCUAUGAUUGAAGAAACCCCAUUUCAUGAAUUAAGAAAGAAAUCCCACCUAUACCCGCCUAUUAUGCACAAAGGUAGUGACAAAGAAGUCAUGUUUGUGCAUCUAGUUGGCUGCCCUCCUCCUGUACAAAACCCUAUACCCUUUCAGUUGAUUUUCAUAAUUAUCUCACACAUUAAAUUAAUCUUUGCCUGUUAAAAACAAGAAAAAUAUUAUUUUGCCAUUUUUUUGAUACAAUAAAAUACUCUAUAAAUAAAACACCACAGAUUAAGCCCUAAAAGCUCUAAUAAAAGUGUAUCUCCUAGAAGGGAUUAUUACUCAGGAUUAGAAGUACUCUAUCCUCGACCUUAUAAAGAAGCGAAUUCAUAUGAAAGUUUAGUUAAACGAACCAAAAAGAGAAAUAAAUCAUAUAGAGAAAUUGGUAGAUCAGAAAGCAUUUCAAAAAUCAACAAUAAUUUUCAUUCAUUUAGAGAUAUCGAGAUUGAUGAACAUCAAAGACACACAAGCGAAAAAAGCUUAAAAAUGAAAAAUUACUAUCACUUUAGAGUAAAAAGUGAUUUUGAGCCUGACAUAAGUAUGAGGAACAAAUUAGACGUAGAUUUAAGGCCAUAUAGGCUCCAUAAUACUUCCAAACUAAAAGAUUUCAAAAAAAUCAGGCUGCUUGAACUUUUAUAG